GUGUGUUUGCAAAAGGGGGAUGCUAUUCAUUCCCCCCCUCUUUCUUCUUCCCUCCCCCCCUCUCCCCACCCCUUUGCAACCCGGAAGAGCUCGGCUGUCUACAGUGAGCCAAGGAAGGCCGAGGGGAGGGGGCUCUGAGCAAGGAUUCACAUCAGCCAGGUUUUACCUCUGGCUGGCAGCCUGACUGAGAUGCAGUGAGGCAGCUGCAGACCAGGACUGCGGCGGCGGCGGCGGUGGGAGCUUCGGCAACAGUGGUGAAGUCUGCCUGUCAUUUCUACCUUCAGAUCUCCGGCAAGUCGGGUGGAAAAAAUAAAAAACAGCUGGCCCUCAGCAGAGAGCUGCCCAGGUGACCGGAGAAGCAACCGUCUCUGAGCGCCAAGGAACCAGUGUGCCUUGUGGCCACACUUGGAUUUCAGCGUCCUUUCUUUAUCAUUUUUUUUUUUUUUGCAUUUGGCCUCUUUAAUCCGCCGCUUCUACUUUUUUUUUUGAGGGGGGGUCUCCCUUUUCCUUCCUCCCUUCCUUUUUCUUUCUUUCUUUUUCUCUCUCUUUUUUUUUAAAUUUUGCCAAACUAUCCCACAAAGCUUUUUCUUUCCUCCUAAACCCACUUUUUUGCUCACCUUUCCUACCCACUUUACUACAAACAAACCACUAAACGACCCCUCUCCGGGCCUCCGACGGCAGGAGUCCGCGGACCUCCCAGGCCGACAGCCCUCCCUCUAUCCGCGAGGGUUCCGGGCCCGGCGAGAGGGCGCGCGCACAGCCGAGGACAUGGAGGUGACUGCAGACCAGCCGCGCUGGGUGAGCCACCACCACCCUGCGGUCCUCAACGGGCAGCACCCGGACACGCACCACCCGGGCCUCGGCCACUCGUACAUGGACCCGGCUCAGUACCCCCUGACGGAAGAGGUGGACGUACUUUUUAACAUCGAUGGUCAAGGCAACCACGUCCCGUCCUACUACGGAAACUCGGUCAGGGCUACCGUGCAGAGGUACCCUCCGACCCACCACGGGAGCCAAGUAUGCCGCCCACCUCUGCUGCACGGAUCCCUGCCCUGGCUUGAUGGUGGAAAAGCCCUGAGCAGCCACCACACGGCCUCGCCCUGGAACCUCAGCCCUUUCUCCAAGACGUCCAUCCACCACGGCUCCCCGGGGCCGCUGUCCGUCUACCCUCCGGCUUCCUCCUCUUCUCUGGCCGCAGGCCACUCCAGUCCGCAUCUCUUCACCUUCCCACCCACCCCUCCGAAGGACGUCUCCCCAGACCCGUCGCUGUCCACCCCGGGAUCAGCGGGCUCCGCCAGGCAAGAUGAGAAAGAGUGCCUCAAAUAUCAGGUGCCGCUGCCGGAUAGCAUGAAGCUGGAGACUUCCCACUCCCGAGGCAGCAUGACCACCCUGGGAGGGGCCUCAUCCUCAGCCCACCACCCCAUCACCACCUAUCCGCCCUAUGUGCCCGAGUACAGCUCCGGACUCUUCCCACCCAGCAGCCUGCUGGGAGGAUCCCCUACUGGGUUCGGGUGUAAAUCGAGGCCCAAGGCACGAUCCAGCACAGAAGGCAGGGAGUGUGUGAACUGUGGGGCCACCUCCACCCCACUGUGGCGGCGAGAUGGUACUGGGCACUACCUCUGCAACGCCUGCGGACUGUACCAUAAGAUGAAUGGACAGAACCGGCCCCUUAUCAAGCCCAAGCGGAGGCUGUCAGCAGCAAGGAGAGCAGGGACAUCCUGUGCCAACUGUCAGACCACCACCACCACCCUCUGGAGGAGGAAUGCUAAUGGGGACCCUGUCUGCAAUGCCUGUGGACUCUACUACAAGCUCCACAAUAUUAACAGACCCCUGACUAUGAAGAAGGAAGGCAUCCAGACCCGAAACCGGAAGAUGUCUAGCAAAUCCAAAAAGUGCAAAAAGGUGCAUGAUGCGCUGGAGGACUUCCCCAAGAGCAGCUCCUUCAACCCGGCUGCCCUCUCCAGACACAUGUCAUCCUUGAGUCACAUCUCCCCGUUCAGCCACUCCAGCCACAUGCUGACUACGCCGACGCCCAUGCACCCGCCCUCGGGCCUCUCCUUUGGACCUCACCAUCCUUCCAGUAUGGUCACAGCCAUGGGGUAGAGGGAGAGCCCUGCUCCGGACGCACGAGGAGUUUCCGAGUCCACAAAGAAUCCCUCUGACCCCUUCUACUUGCGUUUUUGCAGGAGCAGUAUCAUGAAGCCCGGAAGCGACAGAUCUGUGUUUUUGAAGGCAGAAAGCAAAAUGCUCGCUUCUUUUUCAAAGGAGCUCCCGGUGGUGUCUGUGUUCCCACCACUGAAUCCGGAUCCCAUUUGUGAAUAAGCCAUUCAGACUCAUAUUCCCUAUUUAACAGGGUCUCUAGUGCUGUGAAAAAAAAAUAUUGCUGAACAUUGCAUAUAACUUAUAUUGUAAGAAAUACUGUACAUUUGAGGAAGACUUUAUUGUACCUGGAUAGCUGUAAGAAAGGCAUGAAGGACGCCAAGAAUUUUAAGGAAUAUAGGGAAAAUAAAGUAUGGAGAGAGAUACAGAAGAAACUAAGUCUCGAUGUCCAUUUAUGGGCACGCUGUCAGUUUUGUUUCCCUUUAGUUGUUUGAUGCAUUA